AUGGAACUCAACCAAGAAAAUUUUCGCGCCAUAAUUUAUUACAACUUUCAGAGGGAAUUAUCGCAACAAAAAUGCCUUGCUGAGUUACUGUCUGUUUUCGGCAACGAAGCGCCACCUCUUAGCGACGAUCCCAGGGUGGGUGCACCAAAAACGGCAGUCACCCAGGAAAACCCAACAAAAGUCAUCCGUUCUCGAAGUGUUUCGAAAAAGCUGGUCGCGAUAUUUGUGUCAAAAGCGGGUCAUGAGCAAAGAACUGUUACUGAGGAUUGGUAUACCACCAUUUGUUUGACAAAAAUCAUCACCGAGCUUCGAAAAAUCAACCCGGAAAGAAGAAUCAUCUUCCACCAAGACAAUGCAAGCUCGCACACAGCCCAAAAAACAAGGCAGUAUUUAACGGAAGAAAACGAGGAAUUAUUGGACCAUCCUCCAUAUAGUCCCGAUCUAAGUCCUAACGAUUUCUUUACUUUCCCGAAAAUUAAAAACAGACUGCGCGGUCAAAGGUUCCAGUCACCAAAAGAAGCAGUUGAUGCAUUCAAAAAUGCCGUUUUGGAUCUGCCAGAAAACGAGUGGAAUAAGUGCUUCGAAAAUUGGUUCGAGCGCAUGCAGAUGUAUACUACAUAA